GUUGCAGAUGCAGUUUUUAACAAUGGUCUUUAGUGAAAACUGGAUAAAAGAGUUAAGAUCACGCCACCAAUUUGGCUUUAUUUCAGAUAUUCAAGACUAAAGAACUAAUUAAUUAUUAUCAAUAUCAACUGAUAUGAAGCUCCAUGAUGUGUUUUUCAGCCAUGUCGUCCAGCCCUACUUUUACAUUUUUUGAGGAGAGCGACACUAAAGGAGAGGAUAAGGAGGAAGAUGGGUGACUGCGUCUGCAGCUAGCGCGCACACACACACGCGGUUUUCAUCUGAAUGCGUCAACAGAGACCUUCCUAAAAACGCAACAGAAGAAGAGCCAAACAGGAACAAAGAGAAAUGAAUCUGAACCACACGACCUCCUUUAUUUCAACUCCAAAUAUAAAACCUGAGUUUCCUGAGUACUACGCCCUCUUGCCUCUUGUUGUACUCGCACUGAGUAGCUGCAUAGUGGCAAUGGUUUUCUAUAUGAAAAGGAGAACAAGAUUAGACGAGCUGCGCCACCGUCUGAUUCCGGUUUACACCUACGACCCCGGAGAGGAACAGGACGACUGGAGAGAUUAUGACAAAGACGAUGAGGAGGAAGAGCUGGCUGAACCUUUGUACAAGGAUUCACAGCUCUCCUUUGAUAGAACAUGAGCAGGAAAGCAAGAAGGAGGAUUUCAACUAGGAAAUAAUCUUAUUUUACUAAUUGUAGUGGAAAGGCCUGACUGACAACAACGCAACAAACCAUUAAAACCCACUUGCUGCUGCUGCAUUGAUCAAUGUGCUGUAUUGGCCACCAGAUGGCGCCACAGUCUUGAUUUUUGCCUCAGAAAUGUUUUUAUUUUGUUCUUUUUGUUCUUGCAGGACAGUACAGAUUUUUGUUGUUUUUAGUCAAAGUAGUGACUAAGAUGCAGUUUUACAUGAAUAAACUGAGAAGAGCAAUCUGGUUUGGAAGCCUUUUGUCUU